AUGGCUUUUCCGCUCGAAAAUGUGCUGGAGGCUAUUCACACAAUGAGGAAAAAUCCACAGGAUGACAAAGCACAAACAUACUUAUAUGAAUGGUCAAUGUCUAACGAUUGCUUGAAUCAGAUAUGUCAAAUAUUACGUGAACAACCAGAUGAUCAUUAUCUAUUACUCUCAAUUCUCCCAAGAGCAAAGAAAUGUGUUGUUUCAAACUGGGUUAAAUAUCCAGAAAACGCAAGAACUUUCUACAAAGAAACAUUUAGCAUCAAAUUCGAUAAUUUCGAAGGCCAUCAAGGAAUUCUCGAUUAUUUAGUUGAAAUCAUUGCAGAAAUGGCUCUUAAAGACUGGCCUCACGAUUGGCCUUCAUGCAUGGAUUACUAUAUUCAACGCUGUGCCGAUAGUCCAGAGCAUUGCAUUAAAAGUUUCAGUGUAAUAUCAAAGAUUUUAGAGCAAAUAAGCGAAAGCGACAACUUAACAACACAAAGAAGAAACGAAUUAACGCAAUUAGCAUCAGAUCUUACAGAGCAAUUCUUCAAUAUCUUAAAUGGAGCAUUAUCCAAUUACGAUCCCGAGCUAAUGAAGGGUCCAGCCCUUAAUUUACUCAAAUCAUUAUGCUUGACCGCUCCAAUUGAGAAAAUUUUCGAGACAUUUUCACUCCAAGCGUUCUUUACUAACUUAAUAUUAGACGAGAAGCUCAAUGAUCUUGCUAUACAGACUCUUUCCAACAUUUUAAUGAAAAGAAAAGAUUCCGAUCAAAUUUUCCACGAACAUUACCAAGAAAUCAUUGUUUAUUUGAUGAGAUUCUUCCAGAACUUCGAAGAUGAGAAGCUCCAAGCCCUUCUUGAAGACGAAUUACGCGAAUUAAAAGAAAUUGAAAUAUCUCAUCUUGAAUUAACCGAAGAAGUCUAUGAAUUCAUCCUUAAAUACCUCUUCCGCUACACCCACAUGAUAGAAGACAUGUGUGUAUACGAAGAUUCCAUUACCCAGCCUAAUUUCACGAUUGUCCAAUUAAUUUAUUAUGGAAUUUUGAAUACAGAGCCAUCCGAAUCAUGUAUUGAGUCAUUCUGGGAUCUGUGGCGCGAUAUAUUGAUGAGAUUAGUCAAAUCGAAGAAGUCAAAGAACAUUUUUGAUUCACUUACUCCUGUAACAGCUGUUUUUGAUGAUGAAUUAAUGAAUCAAAUGAUUGAAUCCUUCUAUAACUCAUUGGAAACAGCUAUAUCAGGCGGUACAAUCAAGAACUUGAGUGCACAAGCAUCAUGGGUUGCGAUUUGUUCGAUGAAAUCUGAUGAUGUAUUUAGUUUCAUACAAAAUCAGACACAAAUGACUCCAAAGAUUUGUUAUGCAUUAGGUAUACUUAAUACUGUGUUAAAUAUGCAAAUGGAACAAGAAGUUCUUGAAACAACAUUACCUGCUUUAUUAAAUUACAAUCAAAGCGCUUCUUCCGCUGAUUUCUCUUGUUCACUUUUGUAUUAUUUGAGUCAUUCAACACGCAGUAUUUCCGCCAUCCCUCUUCUUCUUCAGAGUUUCGUUCAUCUACUUGCAGAAAACUUCUCAAGUGAAGAUGAAAAGCUUUCUAAAGCAACAAGUGGAAGUUUCAUGUAUUCCGCGAGUAGAUCUCCACAAAUUUUCUGGAAAAACAAACAAUCUGAUAAUACAACACCAUUAUACGAAGAAGUUGUUAAAGGAUGCAACCAAUGGGCAUCAUUAUCAGAAGAAAACGCGUUAAGAAUCUAUUGUGGAAUUGCAAGAAUAGCGAAAUCAAUGACGAACCAAGAAGAAGAAAGAAAUGUAAUAUACGAAUAUCUUUUUGAUGGAGCAAUUUCGCAAUUACAAAGUGAUGAUGGAGAAGCAAUUUCAAGAGGAUUGAAGUUAAUUGCACAAUUAGCGGAAAUGGAUUUACCUGGUGUAAAACCACGUCUUAAUGCUAUUUAUGUUCCUUUGUUAGGUUUAGUUGAACAUGCAAGAGACAUGAGAGAUUCUUUGUUCUUCAUGCAAGCAACAGCAACAUUGAUUAUGAUUUUCAAACAAUUUGACAUUUCUGAUGUUGCUGAAGCCACAAAAUUAUUGAUGGAUAUUUUGUUGAAUUCUACGGCAAUGCCUGAAUCAGCACUUAACGCUAUCAAUGAUUUAAGAAGACAGUUCCCUCCUGUUGAAUCAUAUGGAGAUCAAGUCCGAGAAACAUAUGUAAAACCUUUCUUGACAAUGUGGGAACAUGAAAAAGUUAUGUGUGUUUUGCAGUAUUUCAGGUUUUGGAUUAUUCCUGAAGAAGAUUUACAGAACAUCAUUGAACUGGCAACAAAUUGCAUCAUAGAUGCAAGAGCAACAAUUGGAAAGGAAGCUUGCAAACUGUUAAGACAUGUUUUCGAAAUUUGCAGAGAUGGAAAUCAUAACAUGAUUAUCCAAAAUUCAAAGAAUAUCGUUCAUACUUUGUUUACUGCGAUUUCUGAUACAUAUCACUUGCAGGUUUUCGAUUCAUUGGCUAAGACACUUUGGGAAUUCUAUAAGGUCAUUAACUUAAUGUCUAUAAAUAAGACAGAAUUCGAUAAUGAAGUUGCAAAUGUUUUGUCAGAAAAUGUCAUUUUUGCAGAUGUCAGAAAUGAAGUCAGUUCUAAAUUGAGGACUGUCACAGCGACAUUGGAUGGAUUCAAGGAUGUUCUUAGAGAGUUACUUGUUUCAAUCAAGGCUGCAAAUAUGUCUGAUAAGAAACUGUUCAAGAGACAACUUAAGUUUGACAGCAUCAGACAACAACUUGAGAGUCUCGCUGACAUCGAAGAGAAAUCUGCAAUCAAGGCAGAAGAACUUGAGCUCCUGCCAAUGCUCGCUAAGCUUACUAUUAGCAAGAAUAGAGAAUAA